ACCACAGUUUCAGUGGCUGGUUUUCCGGUUACCGGAAGUUCUCGUGUUAAGCGCACGCGCAGUGCGGAGGCUUAUCAGCGCGAGGAGUUUCUUCACAUCGUUAUUGUUAAAUCUGUUAAUUGUUGUGUUUAUAAAUCUACGCCAUGGCGGGAAUUAAAGCUCUCAUCAGUUUGUCUUUUGGAGGAGCGAUUGGACUGAUGUUCCUCAUGCUGGGCUGCGCUCUGCCCACGUAUAAUGCAUACUGGCCUCUGUUCCUGCUCUUCUUCUACAUUCUGUCACCCAUCCCUCACUGCAUCUCUCGCCGUGUGGUGGAGGACACUGACUCGGCCAGUAAUGCCUGUAAAGAGCUGGCCAUAUUCCUCACCACGGGCAUCGUCGUGUCCGCCUUCGGGCUGCCCAUCAUAUUCGCUCGUGCUAGUGUGAUCGCCUGGGGAGCCUGUGCGCUCGUUCUGACGGGAAACAUCGUCAUCUUCGCCACCAUCAUGGGCUUUUUCCUGGUGUUCGGCUCCAACGAUGAUUUCAGUUGGCAGCAGUGGUGAAGCGUCGGGACUCUUUCUCAUUCUGACACUGAAGUUUCUUUUACUCUGACAUUAUUAUGCUUUUUAUUUAUAAACGCCGCCCAUCCAUAGACGCAAGAAAUCUGUGCAAUAAUUUUCUUCAUGUCAGAUUCAUCUGACCUCAGAUAGGCAUGGGUUUUGUUUGCUUGUUUAUGUUCAUAGGCAAGUCCUUUCUCUUUUCUUGCACAUGUGCUCUAUGAAUUCAGGUGGUCGAACAAAAACACUGACAACAUCCACGUUUCGUGUAGUCCAAUCCUCUCGUUUCCAGCAUGAUGAUAUUAGAACAAAUUACUGCUUUUGUCCAAACAUUGGUGUAAAACUGCUCUUCAGCCAGAAACGCUCCGAUCAGAAGUGCCUGUGAGUUCAGGACCUGAUUGAGACCAUCUUCAUCUGCUAUGCAGCACUGAUGUUAUUGUUACCAACCUUUUUUCCUUUUGAGUUCAGAUGUUAUUUAUUCAUUUGUUAGCUUUUCACUGAUUGUAUUCAGCGGUUCAUUGUAGAAUUGAGAUUAAUACGCUGAUUCCUGUAUGUCAUGUUAACUUGAAUGAUUCUGUUCUGUUUUAUUUUUAACUUGCAUACUGACGCAUUAAGAGUCUUGAGAAGAUGUUGGUUCUCCAGAAAUGAAGGAUUCUAUUUAUUCACCAAAGGAGGAAAAACCGUAACCAUUAAUCUGCUAACUAUCAACACAUAAAGGCAGAGUGUUCAUUUGUUUUAGUUGUAGACUAACUCGUAUUCACUCAGUUUAGCAGACAUCCUCAUCAGCUCAAAUCUAAAGACAAGAUCAUGUGAACGUCACGUGAGCGCCUUCAAAACUAAUCUGGACGUCGUGAGUGUGCAGAGAGUCAUAAUGAAAUGAAUCUUGGCCUUGUUUAUAUGUUCCUCGUCUCAUUGGUUCAGGUUUUCAUCCAAUGUAAUAACUUGCUCUCCGUCUCACCAAUCUGUCAUAUAUGUCGUCCCUUCCCAAACAGACGAUUUCCCAUCAUCUGGAGAAUUCCCAAGUUUCAAAUCAAAUAUGUCAGUUAAAUGGGUCGUCAUCAGUGUUUCAUGUUGAGUUAUGUUCUAUCACAGUCUUUGCAGAAAUGACAGAAGGAACAUUGUGACUUUUCUCCUUUGUCUUUUUUUAAUAAAUUUCAUUUUUGAAAAAAUCUUCUCACUUAA